AUGUCGUUGCUGUCGAGCCGGGGCGGCCGGAAAGGGCCGAUCGCCUGCCUGGUGGCCCUGCUCUUCGUCUUCGCUCUUUACCAGCUGGGCAUCUUCUGCGGGUCCGGCAAGUACGUGCCCACGGCCGUGAUGGUCGGCAAGGAGAAGUACGUGAUCGGGCCCUUUGAUCGCAAGACGUACACGUACGAUCGUUACAUGCCGCUCAUCUUUAUCGGCGGUGUACCACGAUCGGGAACGACCCUGAUGCGUGCCAUGUUGGAUGCGCACCCUGACGUGAGAUGCGGACAAGAGACCAGAGUCAUACCGCGGAUUCUUCAGAUGAAGAUGCACUGGUCCAAGUCAGAGAAAGAGAAUUUACGGUUGACCGAGGCGGGCAUCUCGAAAGAAGUGAUAGACAGCGCGAUAGCGGCCUUCUGCUUGGAGAUAAUAGCUCGACACGCCGAGCCCGCGCCACGGUUGUGCAACAAGGACCCACUUACCCUCAAGAUGGGCUCGUAUAUUCUGGAACUCUUCCCGAACGCCAAAUUUAUAUUCAUGGUGCGCGACGGACGCGCCACGGUGCAUUCUAUCAUAUCCAGGAAGGUCACCAUAACGGGGUUCGAUUUAUCGUCCUACCGGCAGUCUCUCAUCAGGUGGAAUCACGCGAUUUCCGUGAUGUACGGUCAGUGUAGGGAACUGGGACCGGAGAGAUGCCUGAUGGUCCCCUACGAGCAGCUGGUGCUACAUCCGCGCCAGUGGAUGAAGAAGAUAUUAAAUUUUUUGGACGUGCCCUGGAACGAGUCCGUCAUGCAUCACGAGGAAUUCAUUAACAAACCCGGCGGAGUGCCUCUGAGCAAGGUCGAGAGAUCGUCGGAUCAGAUCAUAAAGCCGGUGAAUCUAGCGGCAUUGACGAAAUGGGUCGGCAACAUUCCCGAAGACGUAGUGAGGGAAAUGGCCGACAUCGCGCCGAUGCUCUCCGUGCUCGGUUACGAUCCCUACGCGAAUCCACCCGUCUACGGCGCCCCGGAUAGUUUAGUUAGCGACAACACCAGACGGGUGCUGGCCGGCGAGAAGCUCUGGGCGGAGAAGGCGCGGGAAUACCACCUGUCGCAUAAACCGGCGGAGACCAGCAACGAGGAGACUUCCAGCACGGCGCCGCUCGCGUGACCCAGUGAGGCUGUUCUAAGCGAGCGCAGCGCGUAGCCAGGAGUAUCAAGGAGUCUCAGCAACUUAGCGGGGCCCACCCCCGAGCGAGCGGUGCGACCGACCCUUCUACUUGCAAAGUAAACUGGAUCGUACGCGACGACAAGUCGGACAAGUUGAGGAUUAAUCGUCCUCGUUGUAUUUUCGAUCUCUCCUCCUCGUCUUCUCGUCAUCAUCUCUAUGGCGAGCUCGAACAAAUGAAUCGACAAUUCACGGCGUUUACUUAUUCAGGCCUGUGUGUUUCACGGGGUUAGAACACUUGUAAUACUAGGUACAUAGCGCGACUGCGACAUGUGUUUUAUAUGUACAUUAUUGAUAUGUAAUAUAUAUAUAUUACAUUAUAUAUAUUACAUAUAUAUUAUAUUAUAUAUAAUGUAUUAUACGUAUACAUAUAUGUAAUAUCUCAUUAUAUUAUACAGUGUGAGGCAAUAAUCAUGACCACUUUGAAUAUCUUCGAAGUAUGAGAGUAGGAAAGUAGAAAUUAUAUGGUCCAAAGUGGUCGUCUUGUGACGGUAACAUUUUUUUUUUGUAAGUAAAAUAGCUCCGAAGAUCUGAAGGUCACCCUUGACUUGUUAGUUGAAGAUAUUCAAGAUGGUAACAAUUAUUGCCCCGCCCCGCUCAAAAACUACGGACAUGAUAUGUAACAAUCGAAGCGAUCGUUUUCAAAGUGUCUUAAUUGCUUUCUUAAGGAAUGCUUUAUGAGCACAAAAAUUUGGGUACAAAAUUUUAUCGAGAGAGAUUUUACGAGCUUGUACAUUUCCUCGUGACAUAAAAUAUCCGUUUUUACGGAUGAAAUAUCCACAUUCUGUGGAUUUUUACGAAUAAUUUAAGGCACUUUGAAAGUAAAUUUUCCAAUUUGUAAAUCGUACUUUAGAUUUGUCACUGAAUUAAUAUGGAACGAUGGAUUCUACGUUUUGCUCUAAUAUUACAAGUGUUGUAAUGUUAUGAAAUAGGGCCCAUGAAACACGGUGAUAUCGCUGUCGAUCUUGCACAGUGUCGUCUAUCAGAUAUUGCAAUGGUAAUUGAUACAUAAAGACCAAAGGUUUCUUAUGUAUAUCACAAAUUCGGGGAUUGCAAUUAUAAUUUUAUUUCAUAAUUGUAAUUGUUCAAUUCCUGAUUAUUAGACGACACCGGCCAAUUGCGGCCAGUGAUCUUAGGGAGAAACGUUUUAGGGUAUUUACUUUAGCGAUGAAAGAUUAACUCGAUGGACGAAGGAGCGGAAACUCCUCUUCCGCCUUCUAACCCUUCAUGAACGAAGUCUUGAAUUGUACGGUUCGGGACGAUGAUAACCUGACCGCGAGAUUCUCUCGACUUUGUGGACCAAUUACCGAGUUAGCGCCGGUGAUCGAGUCAUUGAAGUUUCCCGACGUCGAUUUUUUCAAUGAUUUUGCUUGUACAGCGCCAUUUCAUUUUGAUACAAUUCAUUAUAUAACGAUCUAACAAUAUGAAAAGCAACUUGUGACAUACUAUAGUCUACAAAGCCGAGAGGGGUUCGCUCAAUAUUUUUAACUUUCCUCAUACCUCCGUAACUCCCACCGUACCGUUCCCAUACUACUUGUUAUAACGAGAAAUCACACGAGAUUGAAUGGAAUUUUUCAUGUUCGCCAUAUUUUUUAGCUAGAGUAGUUCUCACUCACGGUGUCUUCAGUCAAUGUCUGUUCUUACAAUUCGCGAACGCAAUUUACGAACGGCUGAUCGUGCCGCGGGUAUCAGGAAUUAAUGUUAAAUCGGUGCAUAAGGUCGUCAGAUAAACUUAUGGGAUGAAAAUGUAAUUAUAUAAAGUUUCGAGGUACUUUUCGUCAAUUGUGAAAUAGUCAUUGUUGACUUGGACAUUUCUUCCAGUCAAAAUAUUUUCCAACCUUCUUUUUGAAACCUUUUUAAAACCUUAAACGCCAAACUUGAUGGUAUAGAUGGAACUUAACGGGGAAACGACAAGACGAACCUUUCUCACCGAUCAAAUAUUUAAAUUGUUGUAAAUAAUUCCCAUGGGCUCUACCGCGACUUACUCGUCAAAGUAGGGCUCAUUUCUCCGUUGUUCAUGGUUUCUCUCGUGACAGUUACAUUCUAAUUUUAGAGAAUGAAUAACGCCGUCAAGUCGUCGGAUCGGCGGCGGACGCGUAAAGGCUUGUCGACCUCUUGACUCUGUCAAAUUGUGGAAUUAAAUUAUUUUAAUAUUA